AUGAAUUGUUCCAUUCAUUUUUGUUCUUUUUUAAAAGACUAUGUGGACAUUGGCCUCCUCACUGAGCCUACGCCAUGUGCUCUUCUGCAGCCGCUCUCCAAUUUCAAAGACCUAAAUAACCUGAGCAUCCUUCAUGACUGUGUCAUCUCAGCUCAGCCUUGGCCUUAUAUUAUUCCUAAUAUUUGA